AUGUCUUUGGCAAAGAACUUGGCAGCAUUCGCUUCGGUGGCUUCUGGCAUUAGCAUUGUGCUAGCCAUUGGAGUCGUUGGCUACAUGCUUAACGACAUCAACAAUUUCUACGAUGAUGCGCUGGUGGAGCUGAAUGAAUUCAAGCUAACUGCCAACGGUGCCUGGGACCAUAUGACCGAAACAAUCCGUGGCGAAGUUGUGCGCGAUGUGCGAAGUGUUUUCCAUCGCAAGAAGAAGCAGUCAUACGGCGGCGGUGAUGGUGUUGACGGCGGUGGUGGCUCCGGCGGUGACAGCUGCAGCGCUUGCUCGACAGAACCCAACAAUUGCCCUGUGGGACCACCAGGACCACCAGGACAGCCAGGAGCACCGGGAGAGGAUGGCGCACCAGGAGAGGCUGGUAGACCAGGAAAUGCCGGAAUCAGCACUGGCAAUGGUGGAAAUGGAGGCUGUAUGUCAUGCCCCGAAGGACCCGCUGGACCUCCAGGACCUGACGGAAGCGCUGGUCCACCUGGACCUGAUGGACAACCAGGACUACCUGGUCCCCCAGGAGCGGACGGAUAUCCCGGACAAGGCGGUGAACAAGGAGAUGCAGGAGGACCAGGCGCACCUGGAAUGCCCGGAAUAGCUGGACCACCAGGAGCUCCAGGGCAAAGCGGACGCGGCAAUCCAGGACCAUCUGGACCUCCAGGACCACCUGGAGCACCCGGAAAUCCAGGAUUCGAAGGAGAACCCGGACAAGAGGGACAACCAGGAUCGGAAGGAGUUGCUGGACCACCUGGAAAUCCUGGAUCACCUGGAAAUGAUGGUGAACAUGGCACACCAGGAACUCCAGGAAAUCCCGGAGGUGAUGCCGCUUAUUGCCCAUGUCCACCACGUACGGUCGACAGAGCUCCACAGGAGCAGAAGUAUGAGGACGCAGCCCCUGAAACUGGAGGAUAUCCCCCUGCUCCUCCUCCUCCAUCAGAAGGUUACAGCAGAGCUCGCGCAGUCAAGCGCGUCCGCAAAUUCCGCGUCGCCAAGGCUAUCUAA